AUGAAAUCAUCUUUGCUGAGGUGGUCCCUCCUAUCACUGUUGGCAGUGCCUGCUUUGGCCACACCUUCAGAUGCUUUCCCAGACCAGGAAUCUGGGGACGCACUCGUCAAGAGGUGGGGUGAAUUGGUGGAUUCCGAUCAACCCACAACGUUCAAUGGGAUUGAGGUGCCUCCUUUGACACAGUUGACCCCGGCGAAUUUCGAUGAAGUCACAAAAGACGGUUACUGGAUGGUCAAACAUUACUCUCCUCAGUGCCCGCACUGCAAGACGGCUGCCCCGAUCUACCAGACUCUGUAUGAGUACUACUACACUUCAAAUCCCCUGUUCUAUUCCACAGCGAAGCUCGACGAGCCGGAAUCUCUGAAGUCCUUUACCGAUUACUACAAUCUCCAUUUCGGGUCUAUCAACUGCCUGGCCUACAUGGACUUUUGUACAGAAAAGAAGGUGGAUGCCUUCCCCGAGUGGGCGUUCUACGAUAUGGGUGUUCAAAAGAACCCUCCCCUCGGUGCCAAGAAGAUGUCGAAUAUCGCUCAAAUGAUUGAAGAGAAACUUGAGUCGAUCAAGCCCGGGUCUCGGCCUUCGCAGGGUGUUGAGUUGCCCAAAGUCAACGCCAGGAGCAUGGAAAUGAUCGCCAAACCUGAAGGUGCCAAGACUGGCGAGAAGACCGCCGUUGAGAAAGAGAGUAUCAAGACCGCAGAGUUGGAAGGCUCCAGUCCCGACGCCGUGAAGGCCAAGCUGCAGGGACGGCCCGCCAAUCCGCAGGGCGUUUCUAUUCCACUCACCGCAGAGAGUUUCCAAAAGCUUGUAACCACCACUCAUGACCCCUGGAUUAUUAAAUUUUAUGUUCCGUGGUGUGGUCAUUGCCAGGCUUUGGCUCCAAGCUGGAACUCGAUGGCCAAGGAGUUGAAGGACACUCUCAAUGUCGGCGAGGUGAACUGUGAACUUGAGAAGAGGCUCUGCGAAGAUGCCCGCGUGGCUGCUUAUCCAACGAUCUACUUCUUCAGAGGCGGGGAGAGAGUCGAGUACACCGGUCUCCGUGGCUUGGGAGAUCUCAUUUCGUACACCAGCAAAGCUGUUGGUGUCGGUUCAAGCAUCCAGGAUGUCGAUGCUACUACUUUCAAGGAGCUGGAAAAGACCGAAGAGGUUUUGUUCUUGUAUCUCUACGACCACGCGACGACAUCUGAAGAUUUCGAGGCCAUGAACCGCCUUACUCUCAGUCUUGUGGGACACGCUCGCAUGGUCAAGUCUAACAGCGCUGUCUUAUCCGAACGCUUUAAGAUCUCGACUUGGCCUCGUCUUCUGGUCGUCCGUGACGGACGGCCCAACUACUACAAUGCCCUUGCUCCCAAGGAUAUGAGAGAUUUCCGCCAAAUUCUUUCUUGGAUGCAAACAGUCUGGCUUCCUAUUGUGCCCGAACUCACCGCAUCUAACGCCCAAGAAAUCAUGGACGGAAAGUUCGUGGUUCUUGGACUGCUCAGUCGCCGUCGUAGCGAUGAUUUCAAGCAGUCGAAGCGCGAGUUGAAGGAAGCUGCUCUUGAGUGGAUGGACAAGCAGGUUCAGUUGUUCCGCCUUGAGCGUGCUGAACUUCGUGAUGCCAAGCAACUGCGGAUCGAGGAAGCGGAUGACCGCAACGACCAGCGCGCCUUACGAGCUGCGAAGAAUAUGCGUAUUACAAUCCGCGAGGACGACAAGAAACAAGUCACCUUUGCCUGGGUCGACGGUGACUUCUGGGCGCGCUGGCUGCGCACUACCUAUGGUAUUUCUGUGGAGACUGGUGACCGUGUGAUUAUCAACGAUCAAGAUAACCGCCGCUACUGGGAUACUGCUUCAAGCGGAGCUCCUAUCAUGGCCUCCCGCACCUCCAUUCUCGAGACGAUUCCUCUCGUCAUUGCUUCUCCCUCGAAGCUGUCGCCUAAAUCCACCAUUGGCACCUUCGAGACCAUCUUCUUCUUCGCUCGAACCCUUCUCAGCAGCCAUCCCAUCCUCUUUUUCAUCAUUUUGGGUGCCGUGAUCGCUUUGGCUACUGCCUUCGGGCGUGGACGUCUUCGCAGAAGCGUGCCCCGUGGCGGUAUUAUUGGUAACGCCAACAACGGUGGCUUCUUCCACUUGGAUGGCAAGGAGGGCUUCCUGAAUGGCGGCUCGACUGACAAAGUCGACUAA